UCUGUAUCCCUGUGUGUUAUUUAAAGCUAGAGAUCCUCCCUCGCACAGAACCACAGUGUUGCAUCUGUCUGCAUCUCUACGUUUGUAUGUCUGCGUGUAUGCGCACUGACUGUGCUACCAAUCCUGCCAGCCAGCCAGUGAACGAGCAGCAAGAAAGAUAGAGGGAGCGAGACAACGAAAGGGUGAAAAGAAAGCAAAUUGAAGGGGAGAGAGAAACGGAGUGUGAGUGCCAGACAAAGCUAUGAAAUUCAUCCAAGCGAUUUACCUCCUGCUUCUAUGUCCAGCCUUGAGUCUCAACACUAGACAAAGCUAUGAGGGGCUGGAACAGAAGCUAAAAGAGGUCUUCACUGAAAGGACCGGCAUCCUGCGUCAACUCUCUAAAACUUCAAAGGAGCUGGACAGUAUAAAAGGCAACCUUCAGUCACUGAAAAAUGAUGACUCGGUGGCCAAGAAGGAUGUCCAGAGAAUCCUGGAGCUCAGCCACAAGCAGAGGGAGGAGAUGAAGUCCCUUCAGGCAGCCUUGCAGAAGCAGCUGGAGGAGGCAACUGAGAGAGCGGAGAAGCAGCAGGCCACGAUCAAGUUUCUUAAGAUGGAGAUGGAGAAAAAAAACAAGAUCAUCAAGGACCUACAGCAAGAGAACAAGAGCUUGAAAAGCAAACUUCUAUCUGGCAACAAACUUUGUGAUGCUCAUGCUGAAGAGUCCAAAAAAAUCCAGGCUCAACUGAAAGAGCUGCGGUACGGGAAAAAGGAUUUAAUUUUCAAGGGGCAACAACUAAUGGAUUUGGAGCACAAGUUAACAGUGGCCAAGGAUGAGCUGGAGAAGGCUGCCCUCGACAAGGAAUCUCAGCUGAAGGCAUUGAAAGACACAGUGCACAUCUGCUUUUCAGCUGUCCUGCAAAACCAGCCCACUGGCAGCCACAGAUUCCCUGCCACUUCUACCCACUUGUUUAGAUACUCUUCACUUGGGAACAACUCCAGACUCACUUUCCAACAGCCACAUGCCAAGGAUAUCCCAAAAGUUCAGAGAAUCAUCACAGCCAGCAAAUCGCCUGUGAACAUUGGGGUAAUGAGGAGAGAGAGUGGUGUACUCAAGGACUGCCAGAUGGAAAAGAUUGGUGUCGAUUGCUUCCAAAAUCAGACUGAGGAAUCACCUCCUGAAAGUAAAAAGCAUACAGAACACCAGCAAAGGAGCCAAGCACAGAUUGAAAAAUACAUGGAAAAGUCCUCAGAUGACAGCAGGGUGGCAGAGGAAGGCAGCAAAACAUCAAAACGACCCAACUGAAUGAAUGGGAUAUCUACUGAGAUGCAGAAGACCUGUAUGGCCUGGAGGAUAUUUCUCAGAGCACACACUUGCGUGCCCACAUGUGGUCUCACAAACAUAACACACACUCAUUCACAAACAUGCACACACACACACACAAAGAAACAUUUGCAGAAGAUAGACACUGGCAUUUUCAAAUGAAAACAAUCUCAAAUUUCAAACUUUCUCAAUUGAAAUCCUGCAUAGUGAAAUGGCAUGCAUUCUAGACUUCUAGACUUAUUUUAAAGGUAGCAAUGGCACUGGUAACUUGUUUUCUGAUCAAUCAUUUUGUUGUUUACUUCCUAGAUUUUUUCAGUGAGGACACUACUUUCUAAAUGUGGGAACUUUCUAAAUAAAUCCCUUUGCACUGGUAAAGUCAGAUAUUGUAAAAAGUACUCAAAUCGAUAAAAAGAAAUGCUGUAACACCAAACUUACAAUAAUGUUUUGCCACUCAUUGUAGCAAGGUUAAUUUACUCUCCAUAUUUUGAACUAUAGAGGCUCAAGUUGGCUGGCCAACUUUUCAACAUUUAAUAUUUCAGAGCUCUUUCUGCCUUUAACAUGCCAGAGGUGAAGAGCCAAAGACUCACAAUGGGUCGUCUCCCUGAGAAUGUGCCAUGCACUGAGUAGUUACUCCUAGCUACAUUUAUCUGUUAUUUGACCUUUCUGUGUCCUUUCAAUAAACUGUGAUUUUCAGUAAAUGUGACAAAUAAAUGGAUA